GGAGUCAUCAGACUUUACACACUCAUCUGGAACAGCUCUCAGAGCACAGACAGGAAGUGUCAGAAUGCGCAACAAGAGCACAGAUUCCAGUGGGAGGAGACCGCUCAGACCUGGAUCCGAACCCCUCCAAGUGAAUAUUUUGAUUAGUGGGGGUUCAGUAGUUAAUGCAGAGGCAGUGUGGGACCAUGUGACCAUGGCAGACCGGGAGCUGGCAUUUAAAGCUGGUGAUGUCAUCAAAGUUCUCGACGCCUCUAAUAAGGACUGGUGGUGGGGCCAGAUGGAUGAUGAAGAGGGAUGGUUUCCCGCCAGCUUUGUCAGGCUGUGGGUGAAUCAGGAAGAUGGGCCAGUGGAACCAGCAGAGGGCACCAGCGAGGUCCAGAAUGGUCACCUGGAUCCUGCCAGUGACUGCCUUUGCCUUGGCCAGCCACUUCAGAACCGAGAUCAGAUGAGAGCAAAUGUUAUCAAUGAGAUUAUGAGUACAGAGCGUCACUACAUCAAACAUCUGAAGGACAUAUGUGAGGGUUACUUAAGGCAGUGCAGGAAGAGAAUUGACAUGUUCAGCGAUGACCAGCUGAAGGUGAUCUUUGGGAACAUUGAGGACAUCUACAGGUUUCACAUGGGUUUUGUGCGUGAUCUGGAGAAGCAAUACAACACAGAAGAGCCUCAUCUCAGUGAGAUAGGCCCGUGUUUCCUGGAACAUCAAGACGGCUUCUGGAUAUACUCAGAGUACUGUAACAAUCAUUUGGACGCAUGCAUGGAGUUGUCUAAGCUGAUGAAGGAUGGGCGCUACCAGCACUUUUUUGAGGCCUGUCGUCUCCUGCAGCAAAUGAUAGACAUUGCUAUUGAUGGCUUCCUGCUCACACCUGUGCAGAAGAUCUGCAAGUACCCACUUCAAUUAGCUGAACUCCUCAAGUACACUGCUCAGGAUCACAGUGACUACCGCUACGUGGCUGCAGCCCUGGCUGUCAUGAAGAACGUCACCCAGCAAAUUAACGAACGCAAGAGGAGACUGGAGAACAUAGACAAGAUUGCCCAGUGGCAGGCAUCAGUGUUGGACUGGGAGGGUGAAGACAUUCUGGACCGGAGCUCUGAGCUGAUCUACACGGGAGAGAUGUCCUGGAUUUACCAGCCUUACGGCCGCAGUCAGCAGAGAGUCUUCUUCCUGUUUGACCAUCAGCUUGUCCUGUGUAAAAAGGACCUAAUCCGGCGUGACAUCCUCUACUACAAAGGUCGCAUUGACAUGGACAGGUAUGAAGUGCUGGAUGCCGUCGAUGGACGGGACGAUGACUUUAACAUCAGUGUUAAAAAUGCCUUUAAGCUGCACAACAAGGACACUGAGGAGAUUCACAUCUUCCUGGCUAAGAAACUGGAGGAGAAGAUACGCUGGCUCAGGGCUUUUCAUGAGGAGCGCAAAAUGGUGCAAGAAGAUGAGAAAAUAGGUUUUGAAAUUUCAGAGUAUCAGAAACGACAAGCUGCCAUGACCGUUCGUAAAGUCACCAAACAGAAAGCUCUAAGCCAAAACAGCCCUGCCACAAACUCUCCCCACCAGGGUUCCUUAACUGAAGGACACUCCAUGUGA